UGACUCCAUUGUUGGCACCGUUUUGUUAGAGGAGAAAAUGCGGAUUCGCGAAGAGAAGACGGAAAAUCGUUACGCUGAAGUCGGUCCUCUAAAAGGUAUACGAACAGUGACAAAUUGCAAUGAAUACAUCUGAUGAAGUUAAUCAAAAGCCUGAUUACGGUUGGAAUGAAGAAAUAUUGGAGGAAUUUAGAAAAGAUGUUCUGAAAGAAAAACAUUUGAAAUGUAGAACUGACGAUAUAUUUCUUUUGAGUUUCUUACGAGCAAGAAAAUUCGACAGAGAAAGGGCAUUAACAUUACUUAAAAUGUAUUAUUCUACAAGGAAAAAGUAUCCAAUCGUUUUUAAAAAUCUUAAGCCUUCAGCGUUAGAAUUGGUUAUGGAUCAGAACAUGAUGACAUGUGUAAAAACUGAAAAUAUGGUAAUUUCAAUGGGAAGAUACAGUCAUUGGGAUCCAUCUAAAGUGGGAGUAAUAGAUGUUUUAAGAGCCGUAUUACUUAUGUUUGAUUUUCAACUAAAUGACCAUCCAAUUCAAGUACACGGACAAUAUAUUUUAAUAGACACGAAAGAACUAUCCUGGAGACAUAUUUUCCAGUUUACUCCAAGAAACACUUUUAUAGUAAUGUCGAGCAUGUUCAACUGCAUUCCACUCCGUUACAAUGCACUUCAUUAUGUCAACGUUAACACUUAUGUGAAAUUCUUGUAUUCAAUAGUACGUCCAUUUUUCCCCGACAAAUUGAAAAAGCGCAUGCAUUUUCAUGGUUCAGAUAUGAAAGAACUUCACAAAGUAAUCGAUCCUAAGUAUCUACCUGCAGAUUUUGGUGGUGAAUUACCUCCCUUUGAUGCGUCUGAAUACAACCAAACAUUAAGAGAAAAUGAAGAAUUUUUUGUAGAAAACGAAAAAUAUUGGACUGAAGAAGAGAAUACUUAACAAUACUUGAAGAUAAUAUUUAUUUUGUGUGCUUCAUAAUUAAUGGAAAGAUAAUUAUUGUGAAUUAUUAAAUAUAUGUAAA